UGUGAAUCAGUGACUUGACUCUGUAAAGACCAUAAGUGAUUGGUGAAUAAGGAGAGGGGCAUCUACUUGAAGAGACUCUGGUGUCUGUUCAUAAAGAAUGAAAGUCAACUUCCCAUUCUUAGUGUAAAGGGGAAAUUUUGGGUGACUUUCAUAAUCAUCUUGCCAUAUGUAAUAAAGUUCACAAAAGUACCGAAGUAUAUUUUGUAACUUGAAAACCUGUUGGUCCCUUCAUUAACAUUUUCUCCUGAUGACUUUCUAGAUACACAGCAAUCACACCUCUGAAACUACGACCCUUAGGAUCUCCUGGGAGGAAAAUCUCAUUCAGUAGAAAGUGGAGCAAUAGCUAUGGUAGGAAAAUAGACUGCAAUGCUGACUGAGAACAUAACCACAUGCAUCCUUGGUGACUAGAACAUCAAUGAAAGGCAGAGCAAAAGCCAAAAAGCACAAAGAAGAACUAAUAAAACCCACCAGGGAUGGGUGAGAAUGGCAGAAAAGGGGGCUAAUCAAUGAAGAAGGUUAAAGAGCUAGUGUGAAAAAGAGAUCAGAAAAAAGUGACUCUCAGGAAGCAGUGACCAAAGGAAAAGUCUUCAAAAGUGUGGGAGGGAGCUACAAAGAUUUGCCAUGAAGGGAAUAUCUAAUCCUUCCUUUUUACUAAGUCCCAAGUCAGAAUUAUACUAUAUACAAGAAGGAUGAUUAAGGCUCUUACAAGAUUAACUGGAAGGUCACUUGUACCUUUUGCUUUUGCCUCUUUAAGGAUUCUCUAGCAAAUUUUUUGCCUCUCGUGGGACCACACCCAGUACUGAUAGUCAGAAGAAUUUAUUAAGUCCUUGGGGAGAAGCAAUAACCUAUUGGGAAAAAAAAUUGUGGACUUGCUGUGGAUUCAUUUCCAAGAACUUUCUGGUUCCAUGUUAUAUGAAUAAACUUGUUGUAUGCCUUGUGAACCUGAGUGCUUAUAAGGGGAAGUGAUGGCUAUCUUUCGCAGGGUGUAAUACAAUGAAGUUUCUGGCUUCCAUAUAUAUAGGGCCAAAUGUAUCAUAGAAGAAUCCAGACUAAUAACUACCCUUAGGAGAACUGCCAGAUAAGGAUAUUUCCAGAUCCUACCUGGAUGGGGAUAAACAAAUCAGAUAAAUAUAAACUAGAUUCCCAAAGAAUAAUUGGACUUUUCAUUUCAGUUAAGGGUUAUAUAUUUACAGGUAGAUAAUUAUAAGUCAUGUCAGCAGAAUUAAUCCCAGCUUCCUGAUCUCUGAGAUAAGGUAUAAGCUAUACUGACAUUACACGAGCAUAUGAUAUACUAAGUCAACCCUUUUUACUUUAAUCGCCCACCCUCUAAUUGUAUCACCGGAGUUCACAAUGUUCAGAAGGGUAGCAUUGGCUAGAGUGAUCAUUGAUAAGUCAUUGAGAAACCCCUAAUCUUAAAUUAGUCAUUUUAAGUCAUUUAAAUGAUUAAUGCUGACACCAACUUAGAUCUAUAUUCAACAUAGACCAAUGAAAGGUGUGUUCUUAUUCCUGUAUCUUGAACUUCCCUAAGGGUCAAAGUGUCAAGAAGUAUUGGUAUUACUAAUUAGCAGAAUAUGAGAGCAGAAAGAGGAGCAAUGUCUAUGAUCCACAGAGGGGCCCAUUGGCACUCCAUGAUCUGGCAUGGGAACCAAGAACUAUGCCCCACAAAUUAAAUUAAGUGACUUCUAAGAGUUUGGGUUUUGGGUUUUUUUUUUUUUUUUUGAGCAUUUCUAGGGAGAAGUAACAAAACAGGAGCAGGAGGCAGGAAAACGCUACUGCCUUAUCUCAGAAGACAAUAGCCCAGCAACUAAAGGAAAUGGAAGUAUAAAAUCAGUGUUCAAGACCUGAAGCACAUGCUUAAUGCCCAGAAGGUAAACAGCAACCCAGGAUUUGGGAGCUGAUUCUCAGGCUAAGAAUGGAGCACCUGUCCUCUACCUUUGACUAUUCCCUAGUGAUUCUAAACCUCUUUUCUACAUUGUGGACCUCUUUGAGGCAAUUUGGUGAAGUGAUGGAUCCUAGCUCGUGUUUUUAGAUGUAUAAAAUACAUAGCAUUAUAAAAGAAACCAUUCUAUUGAAAUACCUUACAGUUAGUAAAAUAAUAAUAAGAAGAAGAAAUAGAAGAAGUAGAAGUUCUUGGACACUAGGAUAAGAAUUUUUAGUAAGGUAUCUUCUCUUUUAAAAUCCCUUCCACACAAGAGAAAUAAACAUCAUAAGGGCCUGCAAAACAUAUAAGGAUAAGAGAAGUAGUACUGAACUCUUAUCUGCUUCAUCUGACAGAUUGCCCCACCAAGAGAAUACUAGCCUCAAAUAUCAGAAAAGGACUUCCUCAUACUUCAUGUAUUCUUGAAAGUUUGCAAAAGCUUCUUAAACUAAUCAUCUUUAAAACAGGAAGCUAAGUGUUUCCUACUUUACUCUGAAUCAAAAGUUAUCUUCUUUUCACUGGUGACUAGGUCCAAGGUCCAAGGUAUCAUUGGGACGGGACGCUUAAAGGACUUUGCGGCAGUGUCAGGACAUGGAAACGACUUUCAUGGAUCCCAGGGAGGAAACAACCACAUUUGACUAUGACUAUGGGUCUCCAUGCGAAAAGAUGAAUAUUAAGAAUCUAGGAGCUAAGUUCCUGCCUCCUCUGUACUCCUUUGUGUUCAUUGUGGGCCUACUGGGUAAUGUCAUGGUGGUGCUGAUUCUUACUAAGUACAAGAGAUUCAAGAGUAUGACCAACAUCUACCUCUUCAACUUGUCCAUUUCAGACCUGCUUUUCCUGCUCACACUUCCCUUCUGGAUUCACUAUGCCAGGCAAAAUAACUGGGUUUUUGGGCAUACUAUGUGUAAGCUCCUCUCUGGUUUUUAUUAUAUGGGCUUAUACAGUGAAAUUUUCUUUAUUGUCCUGCUGACCAUUGACAGAUACCUAGCUGUGGUCUAUGCCGUAUUUGCCCUGAAAGCCAGGACAGUCACUUUUGGCAUCUUCACUAGCAUUAUCACAUGGGGCUUGUCAGCACUGGCAGCUUUUCCCGAGUUUAUCUUUUAUGAAUCCCAAAAGGACAUGGACAAUCAGAUAUGCAGCCCUCAUUAUCCUGAGAACAAUGAAGACAAAUGGAAGCGUUUCCAUGCUCUGAGAAUGAACAUCUUGGGCCUUGCUAUUCCAUUGGCCAUCAUGAUCAUCUGUUACACGGGAAUCAUUAAAAAACUGCUCAGAUGUCGGAAUGACAAGAAGUAUAAGGCAGUCAGGCUCAUCUUUGUCAUCAUGAUUGUCUUCUUUCUUUUCUGGACCCCUUAUAAUCUCACCCUUCUUCUCUCUGCUUUUCAAGCAUCUUUUUUUAAGGGGGACUGCGAGAGAAGCAAACAACUGGAUGUGGCAAUGCAAGUAACUGAAGUGAUUGCCUAUACUCAUUGUUGUGUCAACCCCGUGAUUUACGCCUUCGUUGGGGAACGAUUUCGGAAAUACCUCUGUCACUUCUUCCACAGACACAUCGUGGUCCAUCUGUGCAAGUAUAUCCCCUUCCUGCCUAGUGAGAAGCUGGAACGAGCCAGCUCGAUUUCUCCAUCCACAGGAGUGCAGGAGCUCUCUGCUGCAUUUUAGGGCAAGAUUACAUAAACCUUUCCUCCAAAGAAACAUGGUAGAGACCACACCUUCUUGGGCAUUUGGCUGUCCAGACCAAAAUUCCACACUCCAGGCAAAAAAACUUAGCUCUGGGAUAAGGUCAAACACAUAAGCAGAAAAUGGAACUUUCACACAAGAAAUUUGCCAAUCUACUAAUCAAAACCUAAGCCUGGAAAGCAAAAUUCAAGAAAAGUUAUUUUGAUAUGUUUUAUUUUUUGUAUUAUUUUCCUAUAAGUUGUCUCUCUACUCCAGAAUCAUUACCCCCUUGGAACAAAAUAAAACAAGUAAGCAAAUCAGUUGGUAGUUACCACACCUGGAAGGGUAUAUAAUAUUCUGUCCUAGUAAUCUUCUACCUAUUUGUUACAAAGGAAAAGGUAGGUUUUAACAUAUGCUCUAUAGGUCCUUCUACAACUUUCAAGUAUUCAGUGUUCAACUUCAUUUUAGGGAUUUUUCUUCAUUUAUAUCAUUGUAAAAAUUGUGGAUCCUUUGCCUUUGGUUCUGCUUAUUUCAUUUUGUAUUCAUUUGCAUAAAUCUUCCAAUGUUUCUCUGAAUUUCUCAUCUGUCCUUUUAUAUGGAUGGUAAAAUACCAUUAUAUUCCUAUAUUGUAGUUUUUUCAAUGAUUCCUCAGUCAAUGGAUGUCCACCUACUUUGUGGAAAGCAGACUUUAAAUCAAUUCUUUACAGAAUUACAUAAAAUUGAUUUUGUUUGUUGUUCAGCAAUUGUCAAUUAUAAGUUUGUAAACAUGCAAAAAGAAUCCUAUUUUUCAGCAUCAUUUUUCAAUAAAUUUUUUCAAUUUUCCCAUC